AUAACCAAUGAAGUCCGUCGCAUCGAACCAGAGAAAAUGAGGAAGGUCCAGGACUGCGAGGCCUUCAUUGAGUCCGUGCCCAACACUGGCAGUGCUACGUUGGUGAAGAACAAAGUGGAGAACACCAACAAGAAGUAUGACCGUGUGGUUCAGCUGCUCAGUGCUGCCCAGGAGAAAGUUGAGGUGGCCACGCACCUCGAGAAGAGUCUCCAGCAAGGCCGAGACCUGCUGUCCACAUACGAGAACAAACUGGUCACAGACGACACCGUACCGGAGGACUUGCGGGUGAUAGACCGUAAGAAAGAAGAGCUGCUGGCCAUGGGCUCUGAGCUCCAAUCCAAAAGGUUCUUGCUCAAUGAGGCAGAGCAGAACUUGCUGAGGACAAAGACCUGCUCCAACACCCUGGCCAGCAAGUUCCAGGAGCACUGCCCUGACAUUGAGCGGCAGGAAGCCGAGCUCUACAAGCUCAACCAGCGCUUCAACAACCUCAGCAAGCAAAUUGACCACAGAACACAGACCCUGCAGAAAGCAAAGAGUGCCUAUUCCAACUACCGCACAAACUAUGACAAGAUCAACCAGUUCCUUUGCAACAUACCCAACUACGAGCCGCAGGAGACAGACAACAUCCAGCAAGUGGAAGUGAAGCUGAAAAACCAAACGGCGCUCCUUGGUGACAUCGCAAGCAAAGAACAGGAGGUACAAAAGGUCUCUGCCACAGCUCAGCAGUAUCAGCAGGCAGUAAAGGACUACGAGCUGGAAGCUGAGAAGUUACGGUCCAUCCUCGACCUCGAGAAUGGACGCAAUGGGUACAUUAGCAAGAAACCCAGGCUGCAAUCUCCAGCCGCAAAAGUGAAAGAGGAGGAAGCCAUUCUGGCAGCCAAGUUCACCGAAGUGAAUGCUGUGAAUAGGCAGAGGCUGCAGAACCUGGAAUUUGCUCAGAGCCUCCUGCGGCAGCAGCCCGAGGUUCAGGUGACACAAGACUUCAUCCAAACCAAAAAAUCUGUAAGGCCUGUGGAAGAAGUCUGGAAGUUGAAGAAAGAGCUUGAGGAUGAGACUCAGCGUCGGCAACAGCUAGAAGCUGAGAUCCAAGCCAUCCAGAACAACAUUGUCCAACUGCAAAACCAGAAGCCCCAAGAAACCGUAGUUAAGAAGGAAUUGGUGAAGAAAGUGCCGGACCCGCAGCUGGAGGAGAGCUUCCACAAACUGCAGCAAAGCCUGGCAGAAGAGCAGCGCAAGAACCAGGUGCUGCAGGAUGAGCUGGAGGCCCUUAAAAUCAGGCUGCGCGUUUUGGAGCAUGAGAAGAAGGAAGGAGGGCAGGAGUAUAUAGUGAAAGAGGUGCUGCGUAUCGAGCAAGAUAAGGCUCAAGCUGAAGAAAUCUUGAGGCUCAAAGAAGAACUGGAAGAGCUCAGGAGGCAGGAAGGAACGAGGGAAAACGAGGUCAUUCUUUUACGCCAACAAAUCGCUGUGCUGUCCAGCGAGAAGAACAAAGAGCAGGAGAAGGUAACAGAGAAGGAGGUGCUGAAGCUGCAGAACGAUCCCCAGCUGGAGAUGGAAUUCCGGAUGUUGCAAGAGAACAAGCAGAGGGAGAGUGCCCUGAGGCAGAAAUACGAGGAAGAGCUCAGCUUCCUCCAGGAGAAGCUCAAACGUCUCGAGAAGGAAAGGGCCAUCGCUGAGGGCAAAAUUACUGUCAAGGAGGUACUGAAGGUGGAGAAAGAUGUGGCCAUCGAGAGGGAGGUGAAUGAGCUCCGGCGCCAGUACGAGGAUGAGAAAUCCAGGGGGCGUUCCAAUGAGAGGGAGAAGGCCGAGCUGCUCAGGAAGAUCCAGCUGCUGGAGGAAGAGAACGCCAAGGUGGUUGUCCAGGAGAAGGUGAGGGAGAUCGUGCGGCCGGAUCCUAAGGCUGAAAAUGAAGUUGCCAACCUUCGGUUGGAGCUGGUAGAGCAGGAGAGGAGAUACCGGGGUGGUGACGAACAGCUGAAGAGCUGUCAGAAUGAACUGGCUGCUCUGAGGAAUAGAGAGCCGCUGGUAGAAGUCAAAGAAGUCAUUAAGGAGGUCAUUAAGUACAAGAAUGAUCCAGAAACUGAAAAGGAGCUACAGCGGCUCCGUGAGGAAAUCAUAGAGAGGACGGGAGCCAUUGAAAGAGCUGACCUUGAGAUCUACCAGCUGAAACAAGAGAUACAAGCUUUGAAAGAUACCAAACCUCAAGUGCACACGAAGGAAGUUGUUCAAGAAAUUCUGCAGUUCCGGGAAGACCCUAAGACAAGAGAGGAGGUGGAAUCUCUGAGAGUGCAGCUGGCAGAGGAACAAAUGAAGCACGUUGACCUGGAGAGAGAACGGCUCCUCCAAGAAGAGAAAGUAAGACAGAAAGAGGAGGAACUUUCCCAGGUGAAGGAGAAAGUGGUCCAGCAGGAAGUAGUGAAGUACGAGCAAGAUCCUGCCUUGAAAGCUGAAGUGAACUCCUUCUCGCAGAGCAUUGAGAGUGAGCUGAAACAAAUAGAUUCCCUCCGCGAAGAACUGCGCAAGCUGCAGAGGAGGCGGUCUGAGCUGGAGCGACAACUGGAAGAAUUGGAGAAGGAGAGACAGGCCCGCAGAGAGGCGGAACUGGAAGUGCAGAGGCUGAGGAUUAGGUUGAAUGAGUUAGAAGAACAAGAGAGGGAAACGACAGAACGAGUAACAGUGAAACAGAAAGUGAUCCUCCAGCAAGAUCCCCAGCAAGAGAAGGAGCACUCCCUCCUCAGGCUGGAGCUGGAAGAAGAAAAACACCGGAGACAAGUCUUGCAAACUGAACUGGAAGCCUUGAGAAAGAAGCUUCUUUCGUUGGAGAAAAUGGAGGUCAAAGAGAAAGUUGUCUUUUCAGAGAGCGUCCAAGUGGACAAAGGAGACACAGAGUAUGAGAUUCAGAAGCUGAAGAGCAACCUGGAGGAGGAGAGCAGGCGUAAGAGGGAGCUAGAUGCAGAUAUCAAUAGACUUGAAACCAGGCUGUCCGAGGUGGAAUUCAACAACUCUAAGUCAUCGAAGGAACUAGACUUACUAAGAGAAGAAAACCACAAAUUACACCUUGAAAAACAGAACCUGCUGAUGGAAACAAGGAGGCUGCAGUCAGAGAUUGAACUCACAGCAACAGAAGCUCGGGAUUUGAGAAACAUGACCCACGCAGACAGUGGACCAAACUUAGACUCCAGAUUCCAAGCUCUGGAAAGAGAGUUAGAUGAUCUGAAGCAGUUGUCUAGAGAAAAAGAUGCAGAGAUCGAGCAGCUCCAGAACCGCCUCAAGACGGUGGCAAUCAAGAGGGAGCAAAGAGAGAACCACCUGAGGCGCUCCAUUGUGGUCAUCGAUCCGGACACAGGCAAGGAGAUGUCUCCAGAGGAAGCUCACGUGCUCGGCCUCAUCGAAUGGAGCCUCUUCGUCAAGCUGAAGAGUCAGGAAUGCGACUGGGAAGAGAUCUCGAUCAAGGGGCCCAAUGGGGAAUCAUCCGUGAUCCUCGACAGGAAAUCAGGCAGAGAGUUCUCAAUCGAAAAUGCCCUGAAGAGCGGCAGACUAAGCACGACCCAGUACAACAGUUACCUCAACAAGCAGAUGUCCAUUCAGGAGCUGGCGGUCUUGGUGUCUGGAAGUGAUUACCCAGUGCUCGCUCCGCUUUAGAACCUUCUCUUAAGAGGCAGCAAGUCAGAGCUGCGCCACUUGUUAAGACUACCAGAUCACUGCAAAUCCUCGCCCUCCUUUGCAUCUUCCGAAAUGCUAGAGCCUCUGCCCAGCCGCGCUAUGAAGCCGCACUGCUUGCUGUCAUACGCUGCGGAAAAGCACCGCCAGUAGUGGAAACACAUUUGUCAAGGCUACAACCAAACCUUCUCUCCCUCUUCAGCCCUACCCAACCACUCGACAAACAAGACGACGAGCCGAAAACAAGUGAAGUACCUGAAGUCCAAAAGACUCAGCCAAACCUGCAGUUUCUUCAACAUAUAGCCACAAAGGCAGAAAAAAAAAUAAAGCACAGAUGUUAGAGAGACUGAAGGUCAAAACGAUUCUGGGCUGACCAGCGAGAGCUGGGUACGUCAGCUCCAUGUUGGUAAGCCACACAGUUUAACCGUGGACAACCAAAUGAUGGGAUAAUCCUCGGAAAAGAACGGCUCUGUAAGCAAAAGGCGUGAUGUACACCUCACUUUGGUGUCAUCACAUUGACGCCAGACCUUUUUGCUCACCGGCGUGCCGAUGCUGCUGGGCAAGAGCGAAAUGAAGCACAGCAAUUUGAUGGUGUCAGCCCUAGAUCCAGGAGGAGCAUUCCUAUACCAUAGAGUUCACCAAGAAGUACGUGAAGAGCCGGCAGCAGUGCCGAACACAAGAUGCUGGUGUAAAGCAUGCAACUGUAACCAAACGCAGAGUGCCUUCAAAACACAGUUAGCUUACCUCGUGGUUGAGAGCCAUUUGUGCUGGUAUCUUAUCAAAUAGAGUUACAUGCAGCUACACGUCUCACUUACUUGUGUAUGGGAAGGGGAAAUAGAGGGGAAUGCUAUUUAUAGUAUGAAAUAAAAACAUGCAGUGGUUCCAA